AUGCCCCCUGAUAUGUUUAAUGAGUGGGUGCAACUGCACAUCUUUUAUGAAGGGCUGUCUUAUGAAUCAAAGAAAGUUGUAGACCACUUAUCUGGAGGUUUCCUUAACAAGAAGAAGACUAUUGAAGAAGCCAUUGAUGUCAUAGAAACAGUGGCUGACAAUGAGUAUUUCUAUGCCUGUGAGAGGAGCAACAACAGAGGAGUCAUGGAGUUGAACAACGUGGAUGCAAUUCUAGCCCAAAAUAAGAUGAUCACUAAGCAACUAACUGAGUUGACCAAGCAAAUGGAGAAGAAUCAGGCUGCAGCUAUCCACACUCAACCAUCCCCUCAAUCAGAGCAAGCUCAUGACCCAUAUUCAAAGACCUAUAACCCUGGUUGGAAGAACCACCCAAACUUUGGGUGGGAAAACCAACAAAACCAAGGCCAAAACCACAAAUCUCAUAAUCCCAACCAGUACACCUACCAAAAAUCCAAUCCAAGAUCAUAUCAACAUCCACACAACAAUUCUGCUCAGCCACCAUAUCAAGCCCAAGCCAACCAACCUCAACACUCAACUACCAAUCCACCAUCAGAGGAUAAACUAUCCAGGAUUGAAGCUAUGCUCACUAAUCUUUGCAAGGAAGUCCAGGACAACAGGAAUUUCAAGGAAGAAGUAAGAGAUAGUAUGCAAAGUCGAGGAGAGAUUAUUAAGAAGCUUGAAUCUCAAGUAGGACAUCUCUCACAGCAGAUUCCUAAGUCCACUGAUAGCUUCCCCAAUGACACUGAAAAAAAUCCAAGAGGGGAAAUGAAGAAGGUGAGCUGGGAAGAAUGUAAGGCAGUUACUCUUGCGAAUGAAGAAAUCUUGGAAGAAAAUACCAGCAAGCCAACAGAGCACAGCCAAAGAAGUUUCCAUGGAAAUUUAGAGGAAAAAGAACAAGGAAAUGGACCUGUACAAGGGAAAGAACCAAAAAGGAAGGAAAUUCUAAAACCGUACGUGCCAAAGGCACCAUUUCCCCAGAGACUCAGGGGAGGUGAGAAAGAGAAGUCAUACUCAAGAUUCUUAGACAUGUUUGCAUCCUUCAGUGUCAACAUACCCUUCAUCAAAACUCUCCAACAGAUGCCUACCUACAUCAAGUGCAUGAAAGAGUUGCUGACCAAGAAAAGAACCUUGAAAGCGAGACAAACAGUGAUAAUGAACAAGGAAUGUAGUGCCCUCAUCAAAAAGGAUUUACCUCUGAAGGAAAAAUAUCCGCAGAGCUUUCAUAUCCCCUGUGCCAUAGGAGAUACAAGGAUUGAUAGAGGAUUCUGUGAUCUAGGAGCCAGCAUAAAUGUGAUGCCUCUGUCUCUCAUGAAGAGGUUGCAAAUCAAUGAACUGAAAUCCACAGAUGUAGUCAUCCAAUUGGUCGAUAAGACUCAGAAGCAAGCUAAAGGAGUAGUCGAGAAUGAAAGUUACCACCAUCCAAUCAUUUUGGGAAGACCAUUUCUAGCCAAUGCUAGAGCACUCAUAGAUGUGGAACAAGGAAAGUUAAUACUGAGAAUACAUUAUGAACAUCUCACUUUCCAUGUUUUCAAACCUACACCUGAAUCUGAGCCAAAACCUAAGGAGCCGAAGGAUGAUCACAGCAAAAUGUCCCUUGAAGAAAGCAACAGUGAACCGGAAGUAGAGCCCCUGAAACAAUCUUUGGUGAACAAGCAAGAAUUUCAAGAGAUACAACAACCAAGGGAGCUUAAGAAAGAGAUGAAGCCACGAGAAUCAGAAAGAGCAGCUAACAAGGACCCCCCUAACACAAGAACCACUGGAGCAGUACUGGAAGAAGAGAAAAGAGUUGUGAAGAAAUUGCCAAGGGGAUGGAAAAACCAGAAGAUUCCUAUAGACAAUUUUUUCCCUGGAGACAAGGUGAUAUUAAACCACCAUCCACCAAUCCCACCCCAUCUUCCAACCAUUCCAUCUCAAUUACCGCAAGUUUUCACAAUCAGAAGGGUCCUUUCCUUAGAACCUGUGAAAAUCAUCAAGGAAUCAAGUGGAGACAGCUUCACUGUAAGGGGAGAAGACCUAAGGCACUACAAUUCAUCCUGA